AUGGCUGCUAAUCAGGAAGCUGCCGUGCGCAAGCAGCAGGAUCUCCAGGCCCAGUACAACAACCACAAAACCGCCCUUCAAACCCUGGCACAGAAAGUCGGCGAGAUUGAACAAGAGAUUGAAGAACACAAGCUGGUCACAGACACAUUGCAGCCACUACCAGAUGAUCGCAAAUGCUUCCGGUUGAUCAAUGGCGUUCUCGUCGAGAGAACAGUCAAGGAUGUGCUACCUGCGCUCAAAACAAAUUCGGAUGGGUUGAAGCAGGUGCUGGAAGAGUUGGUGAAGCAGUACAAGAGCCGGCAAGAUGAGAUGGACAAGUGGAAGAAGAAGAACAACAUCCAGGUCGUUCAGAAUUGA